AUGGCUUUUAAGACAAUUUGGGAAUGGAUUUUAAGCAAUGGCUGGUCAUCACUAAUCAAUAAAAAUAUUGCUAUCAAGUAUUUCAAUGAUAAUUAUUCAGAAUCAAUGAGAAUCUUAACUCAUUUGGAAAUAUCUAUGCUUACAAAUGAAGUUAUUAAGCAAAUUUUGAAUUUCAAUAUUCAUGAACAAUUGAUUAUAAUUGAUAGCGAAGAAACAUUAUUAACUAUUCCAUUUAUAUUAGGAAUACUUCAAACAAACAAUUCCUUUUUUAUAUGUGAUUCUAAUUGGUCUGAAAAUAUGUUAAGAAAUUAUAUUAGCAAACUUAAACCAUCGUUAUUUAUUCGUCAACGGCAAACUAAAGCUAAAAUUUAUGAUAAAAUAAUCGAGCAUGUUACUUUAUUAUCGAUUGUUUUACUUGACGAACCAAUUGAUUUUUAUAAACUCAAUAGUGAAUGCUAUUAUAAAGAUAUUGCUUAUGUAGUUACUUCAUCAGGUUCAACAGGUAUUCCAAAAUUGAUAUUUGUUUCUCAUGCAUGUAUUCUACCAAAUUUGGAUGAAUUAAAAUCAAUUUUUAAUGUAACAUCCAAUGAUUGUUUAUUUCGUUCAACACCUUUGACAUUUGAUCCAUCCUUAGUUGAUAUAUUUCUUGCGAUUCAUUGUGGUGCUUCUCUUUGUAUUUUAUCAAAAGAAGUACGUCAAAAUCCGAUCUUGAUAUCAUCAAUAUUCAAUAAAAGUUAUUGUACAAUAGCUCAAAUGACACCCAGUUUUUUUCGUCAAAUAAACGCACAUUGUAAUAUGGUGCAAUUGAAAACAUUGGUGCUCGGAGGUGAAAAGUUUCCAGAUCUAUCAAAUUUAACUAUUCAACAAAUGGUUCGACAAAAGAAACGUGUCGUAAAUAUUUACGGUUUGACUGAAAUGUCUUGUUGGGCAUCUUAUUACAUACUGAACGAAGAUGAUCUUAAAAGCAACAAUGGUAUUCCAUUGGGUAAAGCAUUGAAUGAGACAUCGUUAACAUUAAAGUCAUAUCUUGACAAUCAAUCACAAACUGAUUAUUUUCAAUUGGUAUUAGGUACAGUUUCGUUUAUUUUUCUAAAAAAUAGAACUUUAUCAAUAUUUUUCAAUAGUAUAGAGAGUCAAACACGUUGGACACAGAUCGAAACGUUAUCCUCAGUAAAAAAAUUCAUAUUUGAAACCGAUGAUCUCGUUUAUUGUAAUCAUCAAAAUGAUCAAAUGUUUUAUGUUGGUAGACGAACAUUGACACAAAAAAGAUUCGGUGUUAUGAUUAAUCUUGAAUAUAUAGAACAAAUUGCAAAUCAAUCAAAUUUACUCGAUGCAUGUGUUUGUUUCGCUUUAAAUGAAAAUGAAAAUCUAUUAAUACUUCUAUGCAAAUUUAUACAUGAAAAUCAAAUUAGUGAACUUAAUUCGUAUCUUAAGUCAAAUUUAUUAUAUCAUUUUAUACCAAAUAUAAUUAUUCCAUUAGAAUAUUCGAUUCCAUUGAAUAUCAAUGGAAAAAUUGAUCGUAAACAAAUAUAUACGCUUUAUUUAAGUAUAAUAAAAAAUUCUUCAAAGAAUACUUUAAUUAGUAUAUGGCAGAAUCUUAUCAAUAGCAUUCCUGAUAUUAGCUCAAAUUUUAUUUUUAACGGUGGAAAUUCAUUAUUAGCAUUAACAUUCAUAGAACAAAUCAAACCGUUUUAUUCAUCGAUCGAUCCAAAUUAUUUAUUCGAUCUUAUUUUACAUAAAACAUUCGGAGAUUUAAUAGACUAUGUAAAUGAUCCUCAAGAAGGGCGCCACCACGGCCAACAACAACAACAACAACAACAGAAAACUAUAGAAUAUGCUACAUCUAAUUUAUCUGCAACAACAGUAAUAAACUCAAAUUUGAAUCAUAUUUGGUCAAUUCAAAGAUGUUCAAAAAUAUUUCUUCAUAAUAAAGAUCAUUUAAUGUAUGAGUAUUUUUCGUUUCCGCAAGAAUCAGCAUCGCCAAUCAAACAAUUGACACUACAUUGGAAAUAUUCAAUGAACAAAUGUAUUGAUGCAUCUCCAUUAGUUAUUUUAGUCGAUGACUUUCGACAAUAUGUUAUUAUUGGAUCACAUGCUGGUUUGAUUAAUUGUUAUCAAAUUGAUAGUGGACAAUUUGUGUGGUCAUUUCAGACUAAUGAUAGAAUUGAAGCAACUGGAACAAUCUCAAGAAAUGGACAAUUUUUUCUUGUUGGUGAUUAUAGUGGAAUUCUAUAUAUAAUUGAAUGCUCAAAUGGAAAACUUUAUUCCUCGUAUCAAUGUCAAGGUUUAAUUAAAACAAUUCCGUGUAUUCAUCGAUCGGUUGAUAUGAUUUAUCUUGGUGCUCAUGAUCAAUUUAUUCAUGGAAUUCAUCUUCAAGAAACAUCGUCAAAAUGUAUUUGGAAAUAUAAACUAGAAAGUAGUUGCGCAUCAUCACCACAAUUAUCUGCAGAUAAUGGUCGACUUUACGUGGCUUCUUUGGGUGGAGAUGUAUUUGCAUUUCAAUCAGAUGAUGGAAAAUUAUUAUGGAAACAACCAUUAGAUAAACCCAUAUUUUCUACAAUAGCUAUAUGGAAUGAGAAAUUUUUGUUAGUUGGAUGUGUUAAUCAGAUAUUAUAUUGCUUAGAUAGUGGUAAUGGGCAAAAGAAAUGGACAUUUUCCACACAUGGUCCAAUAUUUUCUUCACCUUGUCUCUUCAAUAAUACUGUAUUUAUCGGUUGUCACGAUCAGUAUCUCUAUGCAAUUGAUCUUUCUACUGAACAAAAAGGUAUUUUAAAAUGGAAAUGCUUAUUUUCAUCGAUGAUUUAUGGAUCACCUUUUGUCUAUGAUAAUGGUCGAAUGGUUGUUGUUGGUUCAACAGAUGGUUGCUUACGUAUAUUAAAUACACAAUCAGGUGAAAUAGUUUGUGAAACAAAAAUUGAUGGUAAUGGUUUAUUUUCUUCGCCUGUUGUUUAUCUGGAUUUUAUUUUGGUUGGUUCACGUGAUGAUUAUUUGUAUUGUUACAAACUAUUAUCAUGA